AUGCGAUGCAAGCAGCAGCAGCAGCAGCAUCUGCUGCUGUUGCUGCUGCUCUUGCUGCUGUCUGUAGGAAGCCCAUGUGUGCGCGGCUCCUUGCUGCGCCCUAAGGCAUCAGCAGCCACAGGAGCAGCAGCAGCAGCAAAAGCAGCAGCAGCAGCAGCGAAAUUCCCUGGAGGCUUGCCGCUGCAGGUUAGACUUGCCUUCUGGCCAUGGAGGAGGCAGCAGCACCCGCAGGUGCAGCAGCAGCAACGGGAGCUGCAGCAGCUGCUGCAGCAGCAGCAGCAAGGUUGCAUGCGGUGGAUACUGCAGCGCCCCACAACUGCAGCAGGAGCAGCAGAAGGCGGCAGCAACAAUCUCUGUAUCCCCCCUGUUGCAGCAGCGGCAGCUGCUGCUGCUGCUGCUGCUUCUGCGUCAGCUGCGUUGUACGUUGCAAUAGAACGGCUGCGGCGGCAGCAGCAGCAACAGCAGCAGCAGCAGCCGCACUUGCUGCGUGCUGUCGCAGCAGGAGGCCCGCUGCUGCUGCUGCAGUUGCCGCUAACCAAAGAAGCGCGGCUGCAUCUAUACCCUACUGCUGACACAUUGGCUACUGUAUCUCUCAUGGCUGACUUGCUAAACCAGCAGCAGCAACAGCUAUGCAGCAGCAGCAACAGCAGCAGCAGCAGCAACAAGAAUUACGAUCCAGCCUCAGUAGCAGCAGCAGCAGCACAAAAGUUUUCAAUGAAGGCGCAGCAGCUGCUGCAGCAAAAGUUGGAGUGCAUGCAGCAGCAAACUGCUGCUGCAGCAGCAGGGGAGUUAGUUUCACUGCAGCAUGGUAAGCAGCAGCAGCAGCACCAGCUGCAGCAGCAGCAGCAGCAGCAGCAGCGUAGGUUGCAGCGAUCGCGUCAGCUGCACAUUGCUGCUGCUAUGCUGCUGCAGCAGUAUAAGCUGCUGCUGCUACAGCUGCAGCAGCAUGCCCUCAGCCAGUUUGCUGAGGAGACAGCACACCUAAUCCCUGGUGCUGCUGCUGCUGCUGCUCCUUUGCAAGCGGCGCUGCAGCAGGCGCUGCUGCUGUUCCGCAGCAGCGCAUGCGCAGCAGCAGCAGCAGGGCAGCAGCAGGAGCAAGGACUCAUGCAAUGUACCGAAUUCAAAGAAGCCCUUGCUGCAGCAGAGCAGCAGCUGCAGCAGCAGCUGCAGCAGCAACUGCAGCACACAAACGCAGAGGGCUGCCUUCUUGCUGCAGCACAAACAGCAGCAGCAGCAGAAGAAAGAAGAAUGCUGCUGCGGCCUCUGCUGCUGCUGGCAUUACGCUUGGCGCUGCGGAUGCUGCCACCACUACUGCAGCAACGGCUGCAGCAGCAGCAGCAGCAGCAGCAGCAGAAGGGAGGGAAUGCUGUCUUAAGGAUUGCUCGCCAAUUGCUGAUAAACAUUUUCAUGCUCUUGACCUCAUAG